AUGCCCGGUUCAUUUGAUAAUUAAAUUAUACAUAAUACAAUUAGAUUGAUACCUCCUAUGUAAUUAUUAAUAGAAAAUUAGAUAGAAAGGAUCAAGAAAUUGUCAAUCUAUACUUUUAGAUACAUUCUUUUAUGCCAUAAUUGUGGAAGAAGACAAACUAAGAUAAUAUGUUAAGUAAAAAUAGAGUAUUUAUAAAAAAGUGUUAAAGUAAUAAUCUAAGAGGAUUGUGAAAAUUAAUGA